GGCCAGACAUCGUGAAAAAAUUGCGGCGCGCCAUUUCUGUGCUUGCGUUUUUAUUGCUGAUGCAAAAUUUCAAGAACCGUGCACACGACCACAACAGUAUAAAUAAUUUUCAAGUGAUAUAAGUGUUAUUAUUGAUAAACGGAUAACUCACCCGGCCACGCCCACGGCGCAGUACGCAACUAGCGUGUCGUUCGUUGCACGCUUUGGUGAAAUUCUCUUUUGUUGCGAAAUUUGCGACGCCAAAGGAAUUUGUUGAACACCGUUUUUUCGAUUAGUUUAUGUUUUGUUCGUGUACAGCAAUAACAACAAAUCAAAGGCACAACAAUGUUUGGUGGUACUAAGCCAACAUUCGGCACAGGAGCCGCCACCUCAGGAUUCGGCACAUUCAGCAACACGCCAGCCGCAACUCCAUUUGGCCAGGCGGCCUUUGGAAAGCCCGCGACGCCAGCAUUCGGUGGUACGCCCGCCUUUGGGGCCCAACCGGCACAGCCCUCGAUGUUUGGCAGCACGGCGACGCCGGCACAGCCAACUGGUGGUCUUUUUGGCAGCGCCACAACAACCAAUGCCUUUGGUGGCACAACAACGGCGCCCAGCACAUUUGGAGCAUUUUCACAACCGCAGCAGACUUCGAACAUUUUUGGAGCCACGCAGACGACAGCAAACACUUCGCUCUUUGGCCAAACGGCGCCCAGCGCCUUUGGAGCCGCCAAGCCAACGACGCUGGGCAUGAGCAGCUUUGCCCAAUCGACAGCAGCACAACCGACAACUUCGCUCUUUGGCCAACAGGCGACGGCAACCAGCAACACGGGAUUCGGGGGCUUUGGUCAAGCGGCGCCCACAACAACAAACGUAUUUGGCAGCGGAGCUGCAUCAGCUUUUGGUCAACCACAGAAUGUGACAGUUGGCGCCGGAGUUGGAGGCGUUAACGCAGGCACUUCGUUGGCCAAGUAUCAGCCCACGAUUGGCACAGAUACGUUAAUGAAAGGCGGACAACCGAACAACGUGAAUACGAAGCAACACUGCAUCACGGCCAUGAAGGAAUACGAGUUGAAAUCCCUCGAGGAAUUGCGCGUCGAGGAUUACUUGAGCUCACGCAAAGGACCACAAGCGGGCAGUGCUCCAGGUGCCUUUGGCUUCGGCAGUCCGGCGACAGCAGCUCAGCCAGCAGCUGGCGGACUCUUUGGCUCGACGGCCCAGCAACAGCCGAGCACGAGUCUCUUUGGCCAGGCGGCCACCGAGAACAAGAGUCUGUUUGGCACCUCGGCCUUUGGACAGCCGGCAGCUACUGGAGCCUUUGGUGCCCCAGCGCAGCAGAAUAACUUCAUGCAGAAACCAUUUGGGGCAGCCACAACCACAGCGUUUGGUGCCACGACAACGGAUGCCUCGAAUCCAUUCGGUGCCAAACCCGUUGGCUUUGGCCAGCCAGCUGGCAGCAUGUUCGGUCAGGCGGCAGCCACCAGCGCAGCUCCCGCUUUUGGACAAACGAACACGGGAUUUGGUGGCUUUGGAUCGACUGCUGGAGCGCCUGCUCAACAGACUUCGCUGUUUGGCAACACAAAUGCCGCCGAUCCCAAUAAACCCGCCUUUGGUUUGGGCGCCGCUGUCUCCGCAGCUCCCACGGCUUUUGGUGGCUUCGGUGCCACGGCCACCAGUCAAGCGGGUGGCGGCAUCUUUGGUGCCAAGCCGGCAACCAGCUUUGCGGCGCCUGCUUUCGGUGCCAGCUCCUCAACGAACACGGGAUUCGGCAGCUUUACGCUGAGCAACACAAAUGCCGGCGCCACAGGCGGCGGACUCUUCAACUCCAAUCUGAACAAGCCCGCCACCUCGGCCUUUGGCGGCUUUGGCACAAGCACAGCGGCGCCUCUGAACUUCAAUGCAGGCAAUUCGCUGUUCAACAAUACCGCCAAACCAGGCGGCAGUUUGUUUGGUGGCGGCACAACGCUGGGACAAGUGGGUGGCACUGCUCCUGGAACGGGUGGCGGACUCUUUGGCAACACAACCACAGGCGGCACCUUUGGCAGCACGCUCGGCGGCGGAUUUGGCACGCUUGGAGGCGGCAACAAUGCGUUGUCCGGCAUGGUGGGAGGAUUGGGAGCGGCACCAACACAGCUGGGCUCGGUUGUGGUGCCCAUACACCAGCAGAUCUUGUCCAAGGUGACCUCACCGUACGGCGACACGCCCAUCUUUAAGGAUCUGAAGCGCAGCGAUGAUGUGGAUGCCAUGCGAGCAACGAAUCCAGCGGCACAGCAGGCAGUGCUGGACAUGAACAGCAAUCAGUUCAAGGUGGGCGGCAGCAAGGAGAGUCCCAUGGGCAUGCGUGUCAAGGCGCUGGGAAGCAGCGCCAAGAAUCACAAGUCCAUGUUCGAUGGCUUGGAGGAAUUCGAUGCUAGCGUCGAGGGCUUCAAUCUGAAGCCAAAUGCCAAACGUUUGGUCAUCAAACCGAAGGCUAAGACAACGGCAGGCUUAACUGGCACACCAACGGGUGAUUCGAGUGGUACUCCGAGUCGCCUGGACAGCGGCAGCAAUAAUCCUGGCCAGCUGCUGGUUGCCGGCGCACGCUCGCAACGUGAAUCCUUUAAUGGCGCCAUCGCCAGCGAACCGGGUCUUGGUGGCAGCGCCAAUUCCUCGCCAGCUAUUGGCGCUCCAGUCGUCGGUGCAGCCACUGGGAGUAUGGACAGCAGUCGACGCGAGUCGUGGCUGCAUCCCAACAAUCUGGCCAAGGUGCGUCAGCAUAAUAUGAUGCAGUCUCAGCUGGUGGAUCAGGCACCGUUGAACAGCACACUCAAUGAGCUGGUGCCGCGCAAGCCACUGGAAACGUUCAAGUCGUCGCCUAAUACUGCUCGUUUGUCCGUUUCCACCAUACCAGAGAAUCCCUUUGAGGAUCAGAGCACCGCCAGCGUUGUGGCACGUCGCGAUACCUUCACCACGGAGCCGGGCAAUGAUAGCACGCUCUCCAUGCGCACUCAGGAGGAGGAUCGUCGUCAGACCUCGGACACUGAGCCGCCAGUUGCGGAUGAGGACGCUGAGCCGCAUCCCACGGGCAUUGUCCUAACACGUGUUGGUUACUACGUGAUUCCAGCUCUGGAUGAUCUCAAGUCGUAUCUGGCCGAGGAUGGCUCCUGUGUGGUGCCCAAUUUCACCGUAGGGCGCGAGGGUUACGGCAAUGUUUACUUUGGCAAAGAGCUGGACGUAGCAGGCUUGAAUCUAGACGAGAUUGUGCACUUCCGCAACAAGGAGAUCAUCAUUUAUCCGGACGAUGACAACAAGCCGCCCAUUGGCCAGGGCUUGAAUCGUGAGGCGCAGGUCACCUUGGAUCAGGUGUGGCCGGUGGACAAGACCAAGCACGAGGCCAUCAAGGAUCCGCAGCGUCUGCUUGAAGUUGAUUUCGAGGCCAAGUUGCGUCGCGUCUGCGAGAAGAACUCAACGCGCUUCAUCGAGUAUCGCCCAGAGACUGGCAGCUGGGUCUUCCGCGUCAAACACUUCUCCAAGUAUGGCUUGAACGAUAGCGAUGAAGAAGACUUGGAAGUGACUGAAGUGCCCACCGAUCCCAAGAAAGCCAAAAUGCUGCGACCACCGCAGAAAAGUGCCGAGGAAAUGGCACGCAGCAUGGAAGCCAAGGCUUUGGCUUUGGGCGUCGCCAGCGGCUUUCGGCCUAUGGACACCUCCUCCGAGUUUCUGCUAAUGGACAAGACACAGUUCUUUCAAAUGGGUUCCGGCACCGAUUUCUCCAUGUUUGAUGCACCGCGUCCACAGCAAAAUGUGACAAGUCCCACAGCUGCUUUGGCACAGGAAGUGGUGGGCAACAAACCGCACAAGCUGCAGCUCAUGAAGUCAUCGCUCUUCGUGGAGGAUGAAGGCAGCGACGACGAGAUGGAUUGCGGACUGAACUUCAAGCAGCCAUCUUUGGCGCGUCCCUCGAACUUGUUCAGCCAGGACGCACAGUUGUGGAAGGAUUCGGGUGCAUCAGUAACGUCCGGUGAAUACGGACGCCAGUCGCCCAACUUGGGUGGCUCUUCUUCGGCCUCAGUGACCAGCAUCAUUCGCGAAUUGCAAUCCGAGGAGGCCGCAUCGAUAGCAGCCGAGAGUGUUUUGCCAGCUGAAAAGCAAGUUUUGGGUGGCCUGAAACCCUUUAAUUUCAUCAUCAAACCUCGUGUGGCGCCCAUCAAAGUGUUUGCCUCUGCAGUGCCGCUGAAGCGUUCCAUCGCCUUGGGUCACUUUGAUCAUUGGAUUGCCGAUUUGGGCUUCUACAAGGGACGCGGCUUUAAACUGAAUUUUGGUCCUCAGAAUAUGAUAAUGGUGCCCAACACAUUCAACAAUCUGCGCAGCAUACGCGAAGCUGGCGACAAAGCUAAUCCAGCUGCGUUGAUCUUGGAGCCACGUGCUGCCAAUGAUUAUUCGCCUCAACUGCUGCAGUUGAUGCAGUUCAACACUGUGAACAUGUACGAAGGAUUCGUGGAGAGCAUUGUGCCGCAUCUCGAAGUCCAGCUGCAUGGAUGCAAUGUGCAGCAAGUGGAGGGCAGCGAAUGUCCUUUGCUGCAAUCGGAUGGCGGUACUCAACUGAUUGCCAAGCAUCUCAGCGAGGCCAUCAAACUGAGCAGCAGCAGCUCUGUGGCAGCUUAUGCGGUGUCCGUUUGGUCGCUGCUCUUUGCGCUGUGGGGAGAACACGAGGAGCUGAAUGGUCAGGACAGCAGCUCGCACUAUGCUGUGAUGUGUCGUCGCAAUCUGCUCUCUGAGUGGCUGGAGAACACGCUGAUCAGCAAGGAUCUGCUCUCGAAGAAGGUCAGCAGCAACAGUUAUCUAUCACACAUGCUUGAUCUGCUCAGCUGUCAUCGCGUUACCGAAGCCUGUGAAUUGGCCUUCAACUAUGACGAUGCGAAUCUUGCGCUGAUCUUGUCACAACUCAGCUCGGGGCCUGUGGUGCGCAUGCUGUUGGAGGAGCAGCUCUUCGCAUGGCAGCAGAGCAAGUCCGAUAAGUACAUAACGUUGGAGAGACUCAAGAUGUUCAUGCUGGCCGCUGGCGUGCCGAUGAUGCAGUCCUCCCAAGGUGCCAUCAAUCUGCUGGAAGACAUCAACUGGCUGACCGUCCUUGCCCUGCAACUCUGGUACUUUACCCAACCCACUUCGUCCAUUACCGAUGCCCUGCUCGAGUACGAUAAAGCCUUCCAGGCGGAAGAAUGCUACGCAGAGCCACCUCAUCCCAGCUACAAGGAGACAACGCAACAACCGACGACUAGAACGCAACCCGUCUACGAUUUGCGUUAUCAUUUGCUGCAGCUGUAUUCGCAACGCGUCCAUUCGCUGGAACAAACACUGAAUCCCAUUACACACACCACAGAUCCCAUGGACUUUCGUCUCAGCUGGCUAUUGCUGCAAACGCUGGAAGCUCUUGGCUACCGCCAUUGCAGUCCUUUGAGCACGGCGCAGUUGAAUGUGGACUUUGCCAGCCAGCUGGAGAACGAGGGCUUGUGGCAAUGGGCCAUCUUUGUGCAGCUGCACAUCAAGGAGCGCAAUCAACGUGAACGUGCUGUGCAGUCUACGCUUCAGCGUCAUGUCACAGUCUCCUCAGAUGUCGCUCUCAACGAAGAGGAGCAAUUCAUUAUCGAACAAUUGGGUGUUCCGGAGAGUUGGGUGGAUUAUGCGAAGGCUCUCAAGGCGGGAGCCAUGCAACUGCAUCAUUUGCAAGCGAAAUAUCUGCUCAAGGCCAAGCACUGGGUGCUGGCUCAUGAAAUCAUCUUCCAGCACAUUGCCCCCGAUGCAAUAAUCAACAACAAAUUGGAGUAUUUGUACAAUCUGCUUAGCCAGUUUGAGCAGGACGACAGGCAUGAAGUGAAGGUGCCAAACUGGACAAAUCAAGGACAGAUCUUCCUCGACUUUAUCCACAUUAGCGCCAAGUUUAAACAGAUCCACAAUGUGAGCAGCAUCGAAGAUAUUCACGCUCGCUGGGAGAACUUGAAGCCCCAGCUCAGCGAGAUCUGUUCCCGCAUCAGCCUCUUGCCUUGCCCCACCUCCAAGCAUCGUUUGUGCCAGAGCGAGAUAUCGAAGAGCCUCAGUUGCCUGGUGCAUGGCAUCUGCAUUGUUUGUCCCGAACUGGAGCCGUGUGCCGUAUUGAAAAUGGCAUUGGAACGUCUGCCAAUGCCGCAGGAGUACUCCACCAAAGAGCUGAACAGUCUGCUCGAUGAGCUGAUGAACAAGAUUGAGGGUCAGUCGCCGUUCACGGAGGGGGCAGACUCUGCUAACCGCCGAUCGAUGAUAGAAAUUUAAAAAAACACGAAUUGUUAAAUAUGUAAGACAACAUUGAAGACCGGGAGAUAAUUAAUUCACAAUGUGUAGCUUAGGCAGAAUUUAAUUUAGAUUUAUUCAUGUAUGUGUAACUGUUAGGACUUCUCCCACAAAACGCGAAACAAAACAA